AGUAAUAAUAUGUGAACGUAGUGUUUAAAUUCUCUUUGAUAUGGAUAUUUUGUUAUAAAAUUAUAGGACAAAUUUAGUAUGAUUUUAAGAAACAAGAAAUGUUUCGGUAUAUUAUUUUUUUUCUUACAUGUUUCUCUCAAAUGAACUGUGAAAGCGAUCGUAGAGUCAUCACAACGCUGAAGUAUUCAAAAUUUCGCGUAAAGCCAACCAUAGUGAACGGGAAGCCUGCUAUUAAGGGACAGAUACCUUACCUGGUGUCAAUAAAGCAGCCUGUCCACAGCUUCAGCCCAGGCCGAAUCACUUGGAGGAACUUGUGUGGCGGGAGCAUCAUUGACGAACUCAGGGUGUUGACAGCAGCGCAUUGCUUCGAAGGAAAAGGGUUCUACUACGCUAAACAUUCCGAGAAAUUGCGUGUAGUAGCAGGUACCCUCCGCAACGAGAUGACGCACUCUGGUGAAACAGACACAAAUAUCAUAAAUCAAUGGAGGAAAAUAAAAACAGUAAUAUUACAUCAGAAUUUCUACUUCCCAGAUCAUGACAUUGCCAUUGUCUUCGUUGACGAGGCGUGGAAGUUUUUACGAAACGUGGACUUUGUGACACCCGCAAGUAAAGAAAAAGAUUACUUCGGCUUAUGUGUAUCGGCUGGUUUCGGCCAGCCAGGUCACGGACCAAGAAAUGUAGUAUCUCAAAUAUUACUUAUAGCUCCAAUAAAUAUCAUCCCUCAAAUGCUUUGUUCAAGGCUAUGGGAGAUGAAUAUGCGUUCCUUUAUAUGUUCAGAUUCGUCGUUCACCGACGUUGCUAAAGGUGACUCUGGUGGCCCUUUGGCAUGUAAAGAAACGUCAGACCCGAAAGAAAAGCCUGGUAAAGAUCUUCUAGUGGGAAUUGUGAGUGGAAAGAAUUUUGACAAAACCACCAUUUACACCAGGGUGUCAGCUUACCGAGGUUGGAUUGAUAAUAAUGAUGGAAAUAAAUUAGGAAUUCAGUUAAACUUUAUAUCAAUUAUUACAACUGUCAUGUCAAUAUAUAUUUUGUUUUCUUAUACAAAAAAAUAA